UUUCUUUGUAUUUUCUGUUUUAAAUUCCGUCAGAACCGUCCUGAGUCCGCUGGAGAGAUGCGAGCCGAGCGCUGGUUGGCGGCCCUGCUCCUCACGGUCGGUUCUGCUGGGUUCUGCUGCGCAGGCCCGCUCCACGCCCAGUGCCAGGUGGAAUGGUACUUCCGGGUUCCAUGCCGAGAGGUUCAUGGAUCUCUGGUCUCACAGAUCAACAAGUGGAGAACCACGGCCGGCUGCACCAUGGGGGGCCAGAGAUGCCUGUACACGCUGCAGUCGGCCUCCCUCCGCUUCAUAUCCGCCAAACACACGUCUCCGUUGCGGAGCGACGUGGACCACAUCAACUUCCGGCUGGUCCCCUUCCACUUCUUCACUUCCUGUCACGUUUCGGCCAUGUCCGUCUCUCAGACCUGGUACGUUGUGAAAGACCACGGCGCCAACUACUGCAACCUCUACAACCUCAUGGAAGGAAGUGGUCUGACUGAAGCCGAAGGUUACAAAGAAGUCACGAGUGACUUCCUGUGUACCCAACGCUCUUCUGCCAACUGCACCGUCUACUGACUGAAUAUCGGGGAUGACCGGAGAGCAUCCAAGUGUAUCGACAGUAAUCUAUUACAGGAGAGAC